AUGAUCCUUAACAUGAAUGAAGCGGCUCAGCACAUGGCUAUUUCCUCUGAGGAAGAGAUAGACAUCAUCGGUGGAGAUGAAGGACAUUAUUUCCUGGCUUGCAGAGAUUCAGAUGAGUCCCCGGUGGAGUCUGGUGCAGAGGUCGACACUUCAGAAGCGGAAUCAUGCGGAGAAAGUGAGGCCGCGACCCCGAACAGGCAGUCCAGCUCGGUUAAACCUCCGUACUCCUACAUCGCCCUGAUCACCAUGGCCAUUCUGCAGAGCCCACAGAAGAAACUCACCCUGAGUGGCAUCUGCGACUUUAUCAGCAACAAGUUUCCCUACUACAAAGACAAGUUCCCGGCAUGGCAGAACUCUAUCCGGCACAACUUAUCCUUAAAUGACUGCUUCAUCAAGAUCCCGAGGGAACCGGGCAACCCUGGCAAGGGUAACUAUUGGUCUCUUGAUCCUGCCUCUGAGGACAUGUUUGACAAUGGCAGCUUUUUGCGCAGGAGGAAAAGGUUCAAGAGGAGCCGUCCUGAUUACUGCAAAGACGGACUUGUGCUUUACCCAUACAGCAGUCCUUACUGCGUCUCUCGGCGCGCCAUGGCGCAGCCUGCUAGUCUUGGAUACUCGUACUUUCCUUAUCAUACUGCGCCCGAAGUUAAAGGCUCAGAGGCCCAAGAGUCGCGCCUUGCUUUUGCUGAGCAGAGGCCUGAACCGAAGACGCAAAAGUGCUCUUUUUCUAUCGAGAGUAUCAUGGCAAAUUCAAGCAGUCAGAUGCGCAAAACUCAUGUCUUUCAACUUCCUGUUGACUAUGGACACGUUUUUCCAUCGUCCUGUGUGCUGCCCAGUUUCCUGCCAGUCAGACGGACUCGUUUUUUGGCCGCAGUGCCAUUUACAGACAGUUUACCCGUGGUCUACCCUAACUGCUGA